AUGGCCUAUCGACACCAUGCUCUCAAGAGCCCCAUUGCAUUCUCUUCCUUUCUUCCCCAUCCCUCACAUUCCAUUCCUCGUCGCUCCUUCACUCACUGCUUCCCCAACACCAGCCGGUCGCAUCAUGGCCCAUCGACACCAUGCGCAAGCGCCUUUCUCGCACCUCUUCUCUCGCAUUCCCCGCCCUCCCUCCCCUCCCCUCCCCUCCCAACAACACCAGCCGGUCGCAUCAUGGCCCAUCGACACCAUGCGCAAGCGCCUUUCUCGCACCUCUUCUCUCGCAUUCCCCGCCCUCCCUCCCCUCCCCUCCCCUCCCAACAACACCAGCCUGUAGCAUCAUGGCCCAUCGACACCAUGCUCAAGCGCCUUUCUCGCACCACUGGCAUAGACAUCUCCUUGCACGUGGAUGCCACCUCCCUCAGCUCCGCCCUUUCUCACUCCCCUCCACCGAAUGCUGGCCACCGAUGGGACCUCAGAAAGCACCUUCCCCACGUCCUCCCUCCCCUUCCUGAGGUGCUACCGCCCCUUGGGGGAGGCUCCAACUCUGCUGCUAGUGGCGCUGCUGUUGGCACUGCUGCUGCUGGUGGUGCUGCUGCUGGUGCUGCUGCUGCUGCUGGUGCUGGUGGUGGUGGUGGUGCUGCUGCUGCCGGGGGUGCUAGUGUUGGAAGUGAGAAUAAGAGGGAAGAGGAGAAGGGGGGAGACGCAGAGGCAAUGCGAGAGGAGUUGAGGUGGAGAGAGAUUCUCCGCGACUCUUCUGAUCUGAGGGGCAGGUCAUCGAAGCACCUGGCAGCGCUGCGCAAGUACUUAGGGGACGUGGUUGUGGCGAGCUACAGGGCCCAUCUCGCUCUCUUUGUCGCUUCGCCACAGCAGAUGGAGUUCUUCGAGAGAGAGUCGCUGCUCUCCACGCUGGACCGGCUGUGGAGCGUGCACAUAGCCAACAUGGCACGGCUUAGGAAUGCGGUGAGCGUGCAGGGCUUUGGGCGGGAGAACCCAUUAGAGGAGUUCAAGAUAGAGGGCACGCGCUUCUUCAUCUCAACGCUCUUCGCCAUGCGGAGGGAGAGUGUGCAGGCGCUGCUGUCAGCCUUUCUUGCAGAUGUGGAGGGGGGCAUCAAUGGUGGUGCUGGUGAUGUCUGA